AUGGCAGACCCUGAAACAUCCAUCCAUGACUCAGAUUUGUACAAGAAUGUAUUUUGCAAUCCAGCAUUCGAACCAGGUAAUGAGCAUGAUGAAAUCAAAGUAUUUAAGGUUGCCAUAUCCUCAGAACCCAUCAACAGUCCUACAACUCCAUUGGUUAGUAUCUGUCCUCACUCUUCUCACUGUGGUAUUGCAGGAGGCAGCAGCGUGUUUGGUCUGUGUGGGGUCUGUGUGAGGAGACGGUGGUGUAGUUGGGGAGCACUGGUGUUUUCAGCAGCUGUGCUGUUCUUGUUGGCUGUCCUGGGACUUACACUAGCACUUGUUCUCAAACGUGAAUUUUAUAAACAAAAGCCUUGUCACUUUCAGGCUCAUUUAAAGCUCAGCCACUUCUGUCAUUUAACCUCCCCUCUUCCAGAAUGUGGAGGGAUCCUGACUGAAUCAGAGGGAACUAUCAGCUCCCCCAACCAUCCAGGCCCAUACCCUCCUGACUCUUUGUGUGUGUGGGUGAUCAGGAUGUCGCCCCCAUCUCUGGUCCAGCUCUACAUCUCCUCCCUGGCCAUUGAGGGACCAAUGCCAUGCCUUUUUGAUUGGCUGGAACUUAGAGAAGAGGGAGAGCAUAAUAUCACAGUCACCAGGUUCUGUGGUAAUGUGUCUCCACCCACUGUGAACACUAACAGCAGCACUGUAUGGGUUUCAUUCCGAUCUGAUGGCAGUAUAGGGGGCAACGGCUUCAUUGCACAGUAUCACGCCAUCUUUCCAUGGCAAAAAAGCUGCUCUACAGAGGAGUUUAUGUGCGAUAGUGGCCGUUGCCUGUUGCCUGUGUCUGUGUGUGACAACCAGGUGAACUGUCAGGACCAGACAGAUGAGGCCAACUGCAGCCACAAACACAAGGACUGUGGAGGUGAAAAGACGGGUCCAAGUGGCUCACUGUCCAGUCCAAAUCAUCCAAUGCCUUAUCCUCACCAACAGCGGUGUACGUGGCAUAUAUCCGCAGAGAAAGGCCAAGGUAUCCAGCUGAGUUUCCACAACUUCAGCCUGGAGACUCAAGAUGUCUGUGAGUUUGACUAUGUUGAGGUUCAUGAUAGUAGCAACACUGGCGACAGCAAUAUCAUAGGCAGAUACUGUGGCUCAGACCUCCCUCCUGACCUUACCUCCACUGGGCCUGUGAUGAGUGUGGUGUUUGUGGCUGAUGAAGGUGUGGCAGACAGUGGCUUUUAUGCCUCAUAUCAGGUCAUCUCUCUCUCAGAGAGAGGCUGCAGUCUGGAGCAGUUUGCCUGCAGUACAGGGGAAUGUCUACAACGUGACUGGCUCUGUGAUGGCUGGAAUGACUGCGAAGAUGGUUCGGAUGAGCAAAACUGCAGCAACUCCACCUAUCCACCUUUCACUUCAUCUUGUGAGCCCAUUCAGGUGGAGAUGUGCCAUGGUCUGACCUAUAAUCUCACCUCCUUCCCCAACAUAUGGCUCUCCAUUGCUGAUCAGAGAGAUGCUGCUUAUUUGCUUGAUCAGUACAGUGUGCUGAUGGAGUUGCAGUGUUUUAAGCCCCUGCAGCAGCUCGUGUGUGCGCUGUUCGUGCCGCAGUGCAGUGUGCAGGGUGGAGUGUUGCCGCCGUGUAGCUCUGUGUGUUCAGCGGCAGAACAGCAGUGUGUGCGUGAUCUGGAGCUCUUCAGCCUCAGUUGGCCCUUUAACUGUCACCUACUGCCUGACUCACACGACCCCAUGCAAUGCUCAAUCCCAUAG